GUGGAAUGUAGGUGGAUGCUUAGCACGAUAUCUCAAAAGGUCAUGUUAGAGUUAAGGCUGAAAAUAAUGCAGGGCACUGAGUUGAAUUGUAUUUCGUGAUAUCAGUGGCAUUUAAUAUUGAUGCUAUCCUAAAAUCACGUUGCAUAAUUGAUCUAUUUUACCUGUUUAUAAUAGAUGCUUUAGUGAAGCUAAAAAAGCAAUUUGCUUACACUUUUAAUUGAAAAUGCAGUAAAUUGCCAGUACACACAGUAUAUGUAAACGUGUCAAUCUGUAUUAUGUUUUCCCAGUUUAAAAAAAAAAAAAAAAAAAAAAAAUCGGAAACGCUGAUCAGUGACUCACUGCUGUAGAACCAUUUAAAGAAAACUGCAGCUGAAGAUGGAGAAUGUGAGUUUUUAUCAAGAUAACCAGACUGUAGGAAACUGGACGGAGCCAAGUAUUGAAUACAAGGUAGUGAGUACUCUACUGGUCAUUAUCAUUUGUGGAUUAGGUAUUGUGGGUAACAUUAUGGUGGUCUUGGUAGUCCUUACGACCAAGCACAUGAGGACUCCUACCAACUGCUACCUUGUGAGCCUUGCAGUAGCUGAUCUGAUGGUUCUUAUUGCAGCAGGUCUACCCAACAUCACAGAAAGUAUCUAUGGAUCCUGGGUUUAUGGUUAUGCAGGAUGCUUAUGCAUUACUUAUCUCCAGUAUUUGGGGAUCAAUGCUUCUUCUUGUUCAAUAACUGCCUUUACCAUUGAGAGGUACAUAGCGAUAUGUCAUCCCAUUAAAGCUCAGUUCCUCUGCACAAUUUCAAGAGCUAAGAAGAUCAUCGUAUUUGUCUGGACUUUCACAUCCUGUUAUUGUGUCAUGUGGUUUUAUCUGUCAGACACCAAACAGAACAGUUAUGUCAAUGUGACAGUAGUUGUUUGUGCCUACAAAGUGUCUCGAAACCUUUAUUUGCCCAUUUAUUUCCUGGAUUUUUCUAUAUUUUAUGUGGUGCCCCUAAUGCUAGCCACUAUUCUAUAUGGGCUCAUUGCAAGAAUUCUGUUCUUAAACCCCAUUCCCUCAGACCCCAAAGAGAAAACACAAAAGUUGAGAAAUGACACCUCUCAUGGAAACAAGAUUUUUAACUCCAAGACAUCGAGCCGGUGCUCCAGCAGCACAGCUACAUCAAGGAGACAGGUCACCAAGAUGCUGGCAGUGGUGGUAAUUCUGUUUGCCCUCUUGUGGAUGCCCUACCGCACGUUGGUAGUGGUCAACUCUUUCCUUGCCCAAGCAUAUACUGAUACUUGGUUCAUCCUAUUCUGCAGAAUCUGCAUAUACCUUAACAGUGCGAUCAACCCAAUUAUUUACAACGCCAUGUCUCAGAAAUUUAGAGCAGCCUUCAAGAAGCUCUGCAAAUGUAAGCAACAGCAGUCAGAAAACCCCAACAGCUACAGCAUGGCUGUCAAUUACAGUGUUAUAAAAGACACAUCCAAUGGGGGAAGCCCUGAUCACAUUACCACAGAGUUAGAUGAUACUGCUGUCAUUGAAAAGUUUCUUCCCAGCAAGGAGCUAUCCUUUGAAGAUACCUGACCCAGCAAGGUGACAUUCAAGAAAGCUCAAUUCUGUGUUGAAUUAAUGUAUAGGAGAGAUAAUAAAAAUGCAGUAUGUAUAUACUUUACUUCAGAAGCUAACUAGCGUCACAAAGAAAAACAUAUUUAAUGCGUUAUUACAAGAUAAUAUUGCAUUAUUCUUUACAAGAUCAGUGAUAAAGAUGUCAUAGUGCAGUAAAAGUGAAGUGGAGAUAGAAAGUGAGAAACUGAAGUAUCUCUAUUACAUCUUCCUAAAUGUGAAAAAAUUAGUUUGAAAAGGUAUCAGUUUGUGCAAGUCAUAAUGCCUGGUUUUGUGGGGGUGUGGGGGGGUGGGGUGGAUGGUUGAGUUGGUAUCUUACCUAUUAAUAAGAACUAAUGUAUCAUUAAAUACAACCCAUUUUAAAGCAAAAUGAAGAGACUAUUGCAAAAUAACACAAUAAUUAUUGUGAAAUAACACAAUAUUAUCUCAAAAUAAAAAAAAUGUUUUUGUUUUUUCUUUGUGGCACUAAUGAGCUUCCAUACUUUUAGGGAUUGGAUAAAAAACUAGAAACACCUGCUAUAAAUAACACUGUUGGUAGGGUAAAGGCCUCAUGGUCAUGUGAAGUCUGUUCUUCAACAUGGCUCACAGAUGUUCUUUUCCAGUAGCUUGUUCAGUCAGUGUUUUCUUGCCCAUUGUGAUUUACACUGACUAAUAAAUGAAUUAGUUGUGUGAGGGAUAGUCUACUCUAAUUAAACAGAAUGGUUGGUGUGUCUAUUUUUAUGUCUAAACCACUGCAUAUAUGGUCCUCUAUUCUUUAAUGGGCCAUGUAAAGGUGUACUUCUGACAAUUAAUGUAAGCUUUUAAAUGUAAAUAUUAUGUAUUUCUUUUUUUUUUUUUCAUCACGUGUACAGCUGUGGCCAAAAGUUUUCCAUCACCCUGUAUAGUAUUAACAUUUUUUGCUUGAUAAAGUCGAAUGUAACCUGCUGCAUAAUGUUACAUUAGCAGGAGACUGUGUGAUCCAGUG